UUGAGGUUUUGGGUUUUUUUAAGAUCUUUAGAAAGUCUGUGCAUUGUUGUCCUUCCAGAGUAAUUCUCUUUGAAUACCAGCACAACUGAAGGGCUGUAAGUGAUGGAAUUUUUCAGGGAAGUCUCUGAAAUCCCUUCAGACCUAUUUCAUUUUUUAGCAGUGAAACAUACCAAAUCCCACAACAUGAUUUUUAUCCCUGAUCCAAAAAUUAAACAAUUAGUGUAAUCUAAAAUAAUGGUAAACUGCAGAGUAAUUUGGGGUUUUUUUGGCUUUGAUAUGGACUUUGUGUCAUCUUCUGAGGGAAACUUUUCAAACUUCUGUUCUGUGGAAAAUUUCUAUAGUUACAUGGUAUCAAUCUCUUUUUUCCUUUUAAAAUCAUGGCUUCUGGAGGGUUGUGACUACUAACGUUCUCAGUAAUCCCCCAUGCUCUCCUUCCCAUGUCCCAAGUUCUCAUAUAGUUUGCGAAUACUGAGAAAAAAGUGUGUAUUCAGUCUUAAAACCUGGAAAACAAAUUAAGACUCUUAGCAGAGACUUAAGACUUGCCAGACUUCCCAUGAUUCUUUUUUAUACUCACUUGUGACUUGACAAGAGUCCAAAUGCAGUGUUAAGAAUUAUGCUACAAAAAUACAAACUAGUAAUUUUUAAAAUUUUCAUUUCUGUAAUUUUGAAGAAUAUCAUCCAGGUGUUGGACUAAUAAAAAAUACAAUUUAGAAUUAUGACUCUGCUAAUAACUGAAGAUUGAAUGUACUUUUUUCUAAUGGAAAAAGCAUUGUUCUUCAGCAGCAAAGCUUGCUUUUUUGCUUUUUUAUCACUUUUUUCUUUUGCAGUCUUUUUCAAGGUGAAGCAAUGAACAUGCACACUAAAAUGCUUGUUCAUUCUUUGUCAGCAUAAUGUGAAUCAGCAGCUAUUAACCACCGUAGGCAUUCAUCUGUAAUAUAACUAUUUCCUUAAAAGGAGAGAUAGCUGGGGGCAAGGACAGAGAGAGAAAACUAGGAAAAAAGCCUUUGCAGUGUGUUUUGAAUGAGCUGUGUCUUAUCUAAACUGUCUUGUUUUAGCAGUGGUAGAUGAUAGUUGUCCCUUUGGACUUCACAUCUGUGGAUGACAGAAAUUUUUUUAUAGGCUAAAGUAAAUGUAAAUGUCAACCCUAAGAGAACUGAUGGAGAUGACUGGCCUGUUAGAACUUACUCAACAGAUCAGCAUAAUAGUCAGGAGUAGCACCAAGAGUUUGUUUUCUCCAGGCUAUAUUUUUGAGAGUCUACAAUUUUAUUUUUUCCAACUGUUGAGAAUUUGAAGUGUUCCAAGAAUACAGGUCUGAAGCACAGAAGCAUGCUUUCCACUGAGCCUCACACUACCACCUGUGAUACAGAAUGUCUCUAAGUGAGAACAACAGUGUGGUGUUUGCCUAUGAAUCGUCAGUGCACAGUACCAAUGUACUCCUCAGCCUAGAUGAUCAGCGAAAGCAAGAUAUCCUUUGUGAUGUUACAAUUUUAGUGGAAGAUCAGCGAUUUCGGGCUCACAAAGCUGUGCUUGCAGCUUGCAGCAGUUACUUCCUUUCAAGAAUUGUGGGCCAGGUGGACGCUGAUCUUAUCAUCACUUUACCGGAAGAGGUAACACUUAAAGGAUUUAGUCCUUUGCUUCAGUUUGCAUAUACAGCAAAACUUGUUUUAAAUAAAGACAAUGUGUCUGAAGUUUGCAAAUGUGCAGAAUUUUUGGGAGUACGCAACAUUGAAGAGUCCUGCUUUCAGUUUCUCAAAUUCAGAUUUUUGGACUUUAAAUUGGAUCAGCAGGAAUGUCCUCGGAAGAAAUGUUGCACACAGCAUUGUCAGAAAACAAACCCUAAAACUGGCAAUGCGGAUGAUGGAGACCUAGAAAUAAAUGAUGAAGUAGAAGCACUUCUAGAAAAGGAAUAUAGUCAAAUUCCUGACACAAAGCCCUGUAAAGAUGAAGAAAAUGCUAAAUCAUCGCCUGCUCUCCAAGAUAAUGCCAAUCAAAACUGCGAUCCUGUACAUUUAGAAAGGGGUAGUAUUUCCAGCUUAUCUUCCCAAUGCCCAAAGUAUAGAAAAUUCCAGAAGGCUUUUGGAAAUGACAAAGUUCAUACUUCAGAGUCCAAUUCCAGUAUUAAAGACAUUCAGGUACCACCAUUUGCAGCUUCUCUUGAGAAGGAAAUACCUGAUAAUGAUGGCAUACAAAAAGCUCAGGAGUGUGUGCCUAUGCAGCUGGUCUCAAACUGUGAAGAGACUCAGGUAGAAAUGGAAGAAGGGGAAGAAGGCAUUCAGAAAAAAGAAGAGUCGAAGAGAGAUUCUGUAGCUCCGAGUGUGUCGUGUCCUGUGGAGAAAAUGGAUCUUGCUGCUUUUCCCCAAAACUCUGCUGCACCUCAUGGACUCAAUUCUGUGUCUAUUUCACAUAGUUGUGAGCAAUAUGGUAACUUGAAUUUCAAUAGUAUGCAAAACAACACGGUCUUGGCUGGAAAAACUGUGCCAGGUACUGGAGGUGGAAAUGACAAAACUGAAAGCCAAGGUAACCCAUCUUCAAAGGUGGAUUUGUGCAUUAGGGAAGCCACUAACAUCACCUCAGCUGGAGAUCGAAGCAGUGUGGAGAGAGAGAUAGCAGAACAGCUAGCACAGGGGUUCUGGAGUGAUAUUCACAGCACAGAUGCCUGUCAAAUACAUUUACCACCUGCAGUUUCUAAAGAGUACUUGGAGCCGGUGUAUUCAGGGAAAAAAUCAGAGUGUCCAUGGCUGGGGAUCAGGAUCAGUGAAAGCCCUGAACCUGGCUCUCAGCGAACUUUUACAACGCUGAAUUCCGUCAACUGCCCCUUUAUAAGCAACCUUAGUACUGAAGGAUGCUCCAACACCUCUGAAAUAAGCAGUGGAGAUUAUGUUCAGGGUCAGCAACAAGAACCAUGUCCCUAUAACUAUGUGAUAAGUUUGGGAGAGGAUUCGGAGACUGACACUGAGGGAGACAGUGAAUCCUGUUCAGCAAGAGAGCAAGAAUGUGAGGUAAAACUGCCCUUUAAUGCACAAAGGAUUAUCUCACUUUCCAGAAAUGACUUCCAGUCAUUUCUGAAAAUGCAUAAAUUAACUCCUGAACAAUUGGACUGUAUUCAUGAUAUCCGAAGACGAAGUAAAAAUAGAAUUGCAGCACAGCGAUGUCGCAAGAGAAAACUUGACUGCAUACAAAAUCUUGAAUCUGAAAUUGAAAAACUGCAAAAUGAGAAAGAAAACUUGCUGAAGGAAAGAAACCACAUUUUAUCAACUCUGGGUGAGACAAAGCAGAAUCUGACUGGACUUUGCCAGCAGGUGUGUAAGGAAGCAGCCUUGAGUCAAGAGCAAAUACAAAUACUUGCAAAAUAUUCUUCUUCAGAUUGCCCACUCUCAUUUUUGUUCCCGAAAAGAGAACAAACAGCUGCAUCUGAUAGUGAGCUUGUGUUACCAGCAUCUGUAGAAUCAGCAAAUGGUCUUUCAGGUGUAACACCUACAGCUGAGCAGAGUUCCUGUUAUCAGUGUGUCAAAAGUGUGUGUGAGGCCACGUAUGAUCAAGUACAAGAAUUGCAUCCAGUUUCUGCCAGAACAUUGGAGCAAACGUCGCUCAUGGAGCAGUGCGGACAGAGCAGUGGCAUCACAGACUUCUGCCAGCAAAUGACUGACAAAUGCACUACAGAUGAGUGAAUCUCUCCUUCCCAUUGCCAGCCUCUCAAACAUUGCAGCUAGAAGUGGGAUUGAGCAUUAUUGGAAAGUAACUUACUAAGUGAGAGAAAAGAUAGAAGUUUAAUCUUUUGAAACUACAUUGACAAUUACGUGGUCACCGUUAUUACUUGGCAACCUUUGGGUUUGCUCUGUGUAGUUCCAGAACAUAAUUUGUAUGUAUCAUCCUUGGAGCUUUUUCUGUGUGGUGAUGCCAAGGAGGGUUCAGGAAAGCUGUUGGAAAGUAUAAACUCCAUGCACAGGUGCUUAUUUGUGAGGAAGUUUUGUUCAUGUAUAGAGCAGCCUGUACUCUGAUUUAUGCCGCAGUACUUAAUGCCACUCUGCAUUUUAAGGAAAGCCUCCUGACAGUUGUUUAUACAUAAUGACUUCUAUACCUGGAAUUCUUCUAAGACUUCUUUUUUCCUGGUAGACAAACCUUAAGAAGCAAAUAUAGCUCUGUAAAUGUUCAUUUUGUAGAUGGGCUAAAUAACAUGACAGGAUGAGGAGAUUCUGGCAAGUGCACUCUGGAAUAGCUCCUUGCUUCCUGCUGUUCCCCUCCCUGUCCCAGAGAAGACUUUUACUGAAUUAAAGUAGUAGGCUACUACUAGUAGUAGCAGAAUUGAUUAGUAGUAUGCUUUUAUUAAAUAAGGGCUUUUGUCUUGUCUCUCUAGUACAGAAUUAAAAGAACUGGAGCAGCAGAGGUGCUGCCACAUACUGCUCUCUUCUCUAAAUUUAGUAGGAGGAAUAACAACAUACUGUGGAAGGCAGACAUCUGAAACUGGUGCAGUUCUUGGAUGAGUGUGCAUUGGAUCCUCUGGUAUCUGAAUCCCAUGGGCUUAUUAAAACUCACUGCUGUAUUGUGACUUACUGUCCUAGCACCUUCAAGCUUGCUGCUUGUUCGUGGCAAGUUGGAAUCAAAGUAUUGUGAAAGUCUAAGGACAGAUUUUUUUUUUUUUUUUAAGGUAUUCAGGCACCACAUUUUUUUCUUUCAGUGCCUAAUUGCCUAAAGUAAGUUACGAGUAUAUUUGUUCUCUGAUGACUGGGACCAGUAAAGUUCUAUUUCAGAAUCUUAGUCUUCGGGAUACUUUAUGGCUAAACCUGUAGUACAUUUUCAAUGGCUUGUGCUAUUAGCAUAGAUACAUAAAAAGUUUGUUGAAGAAAUGAGCUGGAGAUAUUUCCUUUAUUACUUUGCAAAGGAGAAAUUCAGCUACUGAAAGUAAUCCCCAUUUUCUAGAUUUUUACAUAGCAGUGGAUGCAUAUUGUAUACCAAUGAUGCUUUGUUAUUUAGAUGUUAUUCUCACACCAGAACUAAGUAUCGAACCUCACCACAGAAAACUUCGGGUUUUGCUGGUUUACAAAACAUGAAGAAUCUUGUACAAGCCAGUGGAAUUCUUCAUUUCCUACCUCAGAAUGUAUAUUAGCUUUUUGUGUCUUUGUGUGCAUGUACAGUAGGCAGCAACUAAGCAAAGGCCCUUGUAAAUAUUGCUUUGCAGUUUUAUCUUGCAGUGAGACAAAACUUGUUCUUGGCAAGGCUCUUUUUUUUUUUUUCCUCUCCCCACCAUCCAUAGGUAACAUAGCAUUAAUAAAUACAGUAAGCCACAUAUUCAAAACAAAAAUUUAAAAAUUGACAGAUUUCAACAGGACUUCUCAUAACCAGCAUGUAAUACAAAUGACUACACUACCUCACCUCUAUGGGAUUGAAAGUUGAUUCAAAUCUCUAGUGAAUCCUUGGAUUUUCAUCAUAUAUCAUUACUUUUUUAAGGGAAAAAGUAUGCUGAUGGAGCAUAGCUUGUAUAAAUCACAAUGCUUGCAGUAACUGAAAUACAGAAAUAAAUACUACAUGGCAGACAUCAUGAUAAUUGAAUUGAACUUCUUUUAAAUUACUAUCAUUGAGAUAUGUUGAUCCUGUAUAGGUAUUACUUUAUGAAGCUCUCCGGGCUUUUUCUCCAGUUUCUGUAGAUUCCUGGUUAAUUUAAUCCUGUCUCCCUCCCAGGCUGCCACCCUGAGCAGCAUUUUGCUCUUAUGUCUCCAUUUUAUUUAAAAAGCAAACCAUCAAGAAACAAUCAAAAACAAAAUUGAAAGCCCCAAACCUCUACUGUUCCUAACUACCAUCACUUUAAAAGCUGGUGAUAUUCUGAAAUGACGUGGACAGUGGCAUUAAAGCAUUGUCCUAAUAGUGCACAUACUUGGAAAUGGAAUUCCUUGGGUUAAAUCCUCGUUAUAAUGAGGUGGAGCAUCUUUGUAGGGAAUGGCUGUCUGGGAGCUUAUCCAGUGGCCCAAAGCCCUGACACACUUGGCUGCAGAUGUUGGAAAACAAGGUCAGUGAUGACCAAGUGUGAGGUUGGAAUAUCCCUAAAAAGUUGUGCUCCACUGCUGCAGUCUGGGCAUCAGCCACAACCUGAAUUCCACGUAGCUGAUGGUGGAGGAAUUCCAGGGUGGGAAUCAUGGCAGUUAUUGACCUAUGAUAAAUGUAAUCAUGUUUUUGAACCUGAUAUGAACUUGAUGAAGUUUGAGGGUAGGUUUUUGCCUGACCAGCUGCAUCUAAAUAAUUUUUAAAAUAUUUAUUUAAUACCAUAGACCUACAAGUUGCAUGUUGACUUCUGUAGCCUAUAUCAUCAACUUGCAAAUGUUAAGAAUGAAUGACAAUUUUAUGAUACAGAAUUCUCAGGAAAAUGUUUUUGGAGUUUGGUUUUAUUUUUUUUCUUCCAGUAAAGAAAUACUCGAUUUUGAAAUUGUAAAAUACUUUGUUAAAGCAUGUUUUAAAAUACUUUGGACAGACUAUCCUAAAGCCAUAAGGGUAUGAUGGCAUACAGAUUGUAAAAUAAACAGAUAAUUACAACA